CAGGCUGUGUGUGAAUGGGAGACCUCGCCGCGCUCCUACGCUCUGUGAUCUCUGCUCUCUGGAUUAUUCCUCACUUUUUUAAAACCCGCAGGAUUUUGUGGUGACCUGUGCGGGUUCCUCUUGCUGCCUCCAGCUGAGCUCACCUCACUCAGGUUUUAUGUGAGGAGAAGAAGAAGAAAGGCAGCAGAAGCGCGUGGGACUGUGUGGAUUUAAAUAACUGAUCGGACUUUUCUGCGCGUUCCCGUGCAGCCAUGCCCCACUGAAGCCGACUCUUCACCAGACCUGCCGCCAGCUCUUCUCUCCUUUUCCUCCUCCCCCCUCUCCUCCUCUGCCCCUUCAUCCUUUCCUCUUCGUGUCCACCAUGGUCUUCUCCUGUUCCUCUCCUCUGCUCCUCCUCCCUCUCCUCUCCCUUGUCCUCUUUUCCUCCCCUAUCCUCUCUGCCCCUGCUGCUCCUCCGCCUCCCUCCGUGCCAUCGGGCAGAGUGGUGUACCGGGCCUUUGACACUUCCCUCACCCACCUGACCGUCCACCAGAGUACAGGUGAGGUGUAUGUCGGAGCAGUGAACCGAGUGCUGAAGCUGUCAGCUAAUCUGACAGAGCUGCGGAGUCACAUGACCGGACCUGUGGAGGACAAUGCUAGCUGUUACCCUCCACCCAGCGUCAGGUCCUGCGCUCAUCGACUGGAGAUGUCAGAUAACGUGAAUAAGCUCUUACUAGUGGAUUAUAUUGGAAACAGACUGGUGGCAUGCGGCUCCAUCUGGCAGGGCGUCUGUCAGUUCCUCAGGCUGGAGGAUCUCUUCAAACUGGGGGAACCGCAUCACCGCAAGGAGCACUACCUGUCUGGAGCCCGAGAGGCUGAUGGGAUGGCAGGUGUGAUUGUUGAAGACCACUGGUUGGAUGACCCAAAGAGAAAGAAGCUGGAGAAGACCAAGAGCCACUUGUUCAUUGGAGCCGCCAUCGAUGGAAAGUCGGAAUAUUUCCCCACGCUGUCCAGCAGGAAGCUGGUGGUUGAUGAGGAGAGCGUCGAUAUGUUCUCUCUGGUUUACCAGGAUGAGUUUGUCUCCUCGCAGAUCAAGAUCCCGUCCGACACCCUGUCACUCUACCCCGCCUUCGACAUCUACUACGUCUACGGCUUCUCCAGUCGCACGUACGUGUACUUCCUGACGCUGCAGCUGGACACACAGCUGACUCAGAUGGAUGCCGGAGGAGAGAACUUCUUCACGUCUAAGAUUGUGAGGAUGUGCUCUGAUGACACCGAGUUCUACUCAUAUGUGGAGUUUCCUCUGGGCUGUACAAAAGAUGGCAUAGAGUACCGAUUGGUCCAGGCCGCCUACAAGCAAAAACCAGGGCGGCGGCUGGCACAAGCGCUCGGCCUUUCUGAAAACGACGACAUCCUGUUUGUCGUCUUCUCACAGGGUCAGAAGAACCGCUCCAACCCACCAAGAGAGACGGUCCUCUGUCUGUUCACCCUCCAUGACAUCAACCUGGCCAUGAGAGAAAGGAUCCGCUCCUGUUACCGCGGAGAGGGACGGCUCUCGUUACCGUGGUUACUGAACAAAGAGCUGCCCUGCAUCCACACUCCGAAGCAGAUUGGAGAUGAUUUCUGCGGUUUGGUACUGAACCAGCCGCUCGGAGGCCUGAGGGUGAUCGAGGGACAGCCGCUGUACGAGGACCGGACCGAGGGCAUGGGCGCCGUGGCCGCAUACACCUACGGGGAGCACACGGUGGUGUUCGUGGGAACCCGGAGUGGACAGCUGAAGAAGAUCCGCGUGGAUGGGAUCCCACCGCCGGCCGAGAACGCUUUGCUGUAUGAGACAGUGACUGUGGUGGAGGGGAAGCCGAUCCUGAGAGACAUGGUGUUCAGUCCUGACCAUCAGUACAUCUACCUGCUCAGUGACAGACAGGUGAGCAGACUGCCGGUGGAGAGCUGUGAGCAGUACAGCAGCUGCUCAGACUGUCUGGGAUCAGGAGACCCUCACUGUGGAUGGUGUGUCCUCUUCAACAAGUGUUCCAGACAGGAAGCAUGUGACAAGUGGGAGGAGCCUCAGCACUUUAAUACACAACUGGACCAGUGCGUCAACAUCUCUGUUUCCCCGAGCAGCAUGUCAGUCACCUCCCCAGCAAUGCAGUUAACCAUUCAGGUGCAGAACGUCCCUGCGCUGUCUGGUGGGGUUACCUGUGUGUUUGAGGACCUGAGUAAUGCCCCCGGAGAGGUGCGGGCCAAAGGUCAGGUGAUGUGUAUGUCACCAUCACUGAGGGACCUUCCAGCACAGACACACUCCUUUGGAGCGAAACGAGUGGUGCAGCUCAGCCUUCGCUCCACAGAGACUGGACACCAGUUCAUCACCACAAACCUCAUCUACUACAACUGCUCUGUGCUCAACUCGUGCACUUCCUGUGUCAGCAGUGAGUUUCCGUGUCAUUGGUGUAAAUAUCGUCACAUCUGCACCAACAACCUGCAGGACUGCUCCUUCCAGGAGGGACGAGUCAGCAACAUGGAGGGUUGUCCUCAGAUAAUCCCUACCUCUGACAUCCUGGUUCCAGCCGGGAUGGUUCGUCCAAUCACGCUGAGAGCUCGUAACCUUCCCCAACCUCAGUCCGGUCAGAAAAACUACGAGUGCGUGUUUAACAUCCAGGGAAAAGUCCAGCGCAUCCCCGCCGUCCGCUUCAACUCCUCCUGCAUUCAGUGUCAGAACACCUCGUAUUGGUAUGAAGGGGACGAGGCUGGUGAUCUCCCGGUGGAUUUCUCCAUUGUCUGGGAUGGAGAUUUCUUCAUCGACAAGCCCGCAUCUAUGAAAGCGUUGCUGUACAAGUGUGAGGCUCAGCGCUCCAGCUGUGGUCAGUGCCUCAAAGCUCCAACUGCCUUCGAGUGCGGGUGGUGCACCGAAAGCAGGAAGUGCCUCCUCCGACAGCACUGCCCGUCCCCCGAACAGAACUGGAUGCACUACACCCGACACAACCUGCGCUGCAGCCACCCACGCAUCACCAAGAUCAGUCCUGUGACAGGACCCCGGGAAGGAGGGACUCGGGUGACAAUCGAGGGGGAGAACUUGGGUCUUCAGGUGAAGGAGAUCGCCCAUGUUCAGGUGGCGGGAGUCCGCUGUAACCCCAUCCCCUCGCAAUACAUCAGCGCAGAGAGGAUCGUCUGUGACAUGGCCGAGGCUCUUCUACCUCACUCUCCAGGCGGUCGGGUAGAGGUCUGCAUCGGCUUGUGCAACGAAGAAUAUCGAGCUUUCUCCAGUGACACGUACGCCUUCGUGAGCCCAACUUUCAGCCGUGUCCAUCCAGAGAAGGGACCGGUUUCUGGGGGAACAAGACUGACGGUGAUGGGUCGACACUUGAAUGCCGGCAGCUCUGUCACUGUCUACAUAAACAAGGAGGAGUGUCUGUUUGUCAAACGAACUGAUCGGGAGAUAGUUUGCAUAACUCCCAGCUCCACGUCAGGCACCGGCGAAGCUCCCAUCCGUCUGAAGAUUGAUAGGGCCGAGGUUACAAGCACAGAUACCAAGUACACAUACACGGAUGACCCAACCAUCACCAGCAUUGAACCAAACUGGACCAUCCUCAAUGGCAGUACGCUGAUAACGGUGACGGGAACCAACCUGCACACCAUCCAGGAGCCCAAAGUCAGAGCCAAAUAUGGAGGAGUGGAAACUAACAAUUACUGCACUGUAGUCAAUGACAGCACAAUGACAUGCUUGGCUCCUGGUCUGGUCUACACUAAACCCGACCCACCAGAGGGGGCGCUGCGGCCCGAUGAGUUUGGCUUCAUCUUUGACCAGGUGUCCUCUUUGCUGGUGCUUAACUCCACCCCCUUUACACACUACCCAAACCCAACCUUUGACUCCUUGGGAAACUCUGGGAUCCUCGAGGUUAAACCAGGGUCACCCAUCAUCCUCAAGGGUAAAAAUUUGAUCCCUCCUGCCCCUGGUAACAACCGCCUGAACUACACAGUCCUGAUUGGAGAGUCACCCUGCCUUCUAACCGUGUCAGAGAACCAGCUGCUUUGUGAUUCACCAGAUAUUACCGGAGAAAAGAGAGUCGUGAUCUUGGUGGGUGGUCUGGAGUACUCCCCAGGCAUGCUCCAUAUCUACUCCGACAGUGCCUUGACGCUGCCUGCCAUCAUCGGGAUCGGAGCAGGCGGAGGCGUGCUGCUCAUCGCGAUCAUCGCAGUGUUGAUCGCUUACAAGAGGAAGACCCGUGAUGCUGACCGCACACUCAAACGCCUCCAGCUGCAGAUGGACAACCUGGAGAGCCGGGUGGCGCUAGAGUGCAAAGAGGCCUUUGCGGAGCUGCAGACAGACAUCCAAGAACUUACCAAUGACAUGGAUGGAGUGAAGAUUCCCUUCUUGGAAUAUCGGACAUACACCAUGAGGGUCAUGUUCCCAGGGAUAGAAGAACACCCCGUCCUCAAAGAGCUUGACUCUCCAGCCAAUGUGGAGAAAGCUCUGCGUCUCUUCAGCCAGCUGCUUAACAACAAGAUGUUCCUGCUGACCUUCAUCCACACGCUGGAGGCUCAGAGGUCGUUCUCCAUGAGAGACAGGGGGAACGUCGCCUCCCUGCUCAUGGCUGCUCUCCAGGGUCGGAUGGAAUAUGCUACAGUGGUGUUAAAACAGCUGCUGGCCGACCUGAUUGAGAAAAACCUAGAGAACAGAAACCAUCCCAAACUGCUGCUGAGGAGGACCGAGUCUGUUGCUGAGAAGAUGCUGACGAACUGGUUCACUUUCCUCCUCCAUCGAUUCCUCAAGGAGUGUGCGGGCGAGCCUCUCUUCAUGCUGUAUUGUGCCAUAAAGCAGCAGAUGGAGAAGGGACCGAUUGACGCCAUCACCGGAGAAGCUCGUUAUUCUCUCAGUGAAGACAAACUCAUCCGACAGCAGAUCGACUACAAACAGCUGACGCUGAUGUGCAUCCCCCCUGAGGGUGAAGUUGGGACUGAGGUGCCGGUGAAGGUGCUGAACUGCGACACAGUUACUCAGGUCAAAGACAAACUGCUGGACGCUGUUUACAAAGGAAUCCCAUACUCGCAGAGACCUCAGGCCGACGACAUGGACUUGGAGUGGCGUCAGGGUCGGCUCACAAGGAUCAUCCUGCAGGACGAAGACGUGACAACUAAGAUAGAGAGCGACUGGAAGAGACUCAACACGCUGGCGCACUACCAGGUAACAGACGGCUCCGUGGUGGCGCUCGUCCAGAAGCAGGUUUCUGCCUACAACAUCGCCAACUCCUUCACCUUCACCAGAUCGCUGAGCAGAUACGAGUCUUUACUGAGAACAUCCAGCAGUCCCGACAGCCUGAGAUCCAGAGCUCCAAUGAUCACCCCAGACCAGGAAACAGGAACUAAACUGUGGCACCUGGUGAAAAAUCAUGAGCACAGCGACCAGAGAGAAGGAGACCGUGGCAGCAAGAUGGUUUCUGAAAUCUACCUGACCAGACUUCUAGCAACCAAGGGGACGCUGCAGAAGUUUGUGGAUGACCUGUUUGAGACUGUGUUUAGCACCGCCCAUCGUGGCUCUGCACUCCCAUUGGCCAUAAAAUACAUGUUCGACUUCUUAGACGAGCAGGCCGACAAACGACAGAUAACUGACCCAGACGUCCGACACACCUGGAAGAGCAACUGCCUUCCUCUCAGGUUCUGGGUGAACGUUAUUAAGAAUCCUCAGUUUGUGUUCGACAUCCACAAGAGCAGCAUCACCGACGCUUGCUUGUCAGUCGUCGCUCAGACCUUCAUGGAUUCCUGCUCGACGUCUGAACAUCGGCUCGGCAAAGACUCUCCAUCCAACAAACUGCUCUACGCGAAGGACAUCCCCAACUACAAGAGCUGGGUGGAAAGGUAUUACAGGGAUAUAGCCAAGAUGCCUAGCAUCAGCGAUCAGGACAUGGACGCAUACCUGGUGGAGCAGUCCCGACUCCACGGAAAUGAGUUCAACACACUGAGUGCACUCAGCGAGCUCUACUUCUACAUCAACAAGUACAAGGAAGAGAUCCUAACAGCACUGGACCGGGAUGGGUACUGUCGCAAACACAAACUGAGGCACAAACUGGAGCAAGCCAUCAAUCUGAUGUCUGGAAGCAGCUGAGAGAAGGGGAAGGAUGAAUGGACUGAUGGA